AUCCACUGCACAGCUCAAACUGGCGCACCAAAGCUGCGCCCAAAACUGGCGCGACUCGGCGGCGGGAGAGGCGACAUCGCCGCCGUGCCAAAGGCGAGGGCCGAGGGGGAAAAGAGCGUGGAAAGAGGGGAGAGAAACUGAAGCGACCAGGGUUGAGGUUUUUGCUCCCAAUCCCCCCACUCGCCUGGACUCCUCCGCCGCAUCCUCCCAUCCCAUCCCCUCCCCCCAAACCCUUCUUCUCGCUGCCGCCGCAGCGAUUGCGUCCAUCCGGAUGGCCAGCGCCGGCGGUGGGGUUGGGGCGACGGACGAGAUCCCGGAGGUUGAAAUGGACGUCGUGGAGCGCGCUCCGGAGGAGACGGGGCGGGUCGGAUGGAAGAGGGUCAGGGAUUCGCCCAGCGCCCUGGGUUCCCACGGUUUUUAUGGAGUGACUACUGCCGAGAAGAAACCAAUGCUUCAACCUCAUAAUGUUGAUAAAAGUUUGAGCAAAGCUGGCAACAGUAACCUUCUACACAUCAAUUCUGAUGGUGCUUCUAAAAUGGGGGGUCGAUACCUACCUGGUACAGAUGGCUUGGGGAUUCCAGAUUCUAAUGCUCUGAGAUUGAAUAUCUCAUCUCCUGGUGAACACCUGGAGAAUGAAACCAAAUGGGCUGCCAAAAUAUGUACCUUUCACACUCAAGGUUGGUGCAAGGAAGGAAACAGUUGUGCCUUUCUUCAUGAAAGAGAAGGUGGUCUGGGUUUUGCAAAGGCUGGUCUGCUUGCACCACCUGAUUUUGAAAAUCAUAGAGGUUCCAAAGAAGGGUCCCAAGUACAUCAUCAAUCCAACUUGAAAGUGCCUCAGUUCAAAUAUGCAGAGGGUUCAUCAAAAGAUGAGCAUUAUCGGAGCCUUAUUCAUGUGUAUGGCGAAGAUAAUGAGAGGCUGGCACAUAUUGCUGAUAAACGAAACUCUACCACUCCAGGGAUUUCACAAGGGCUCCGUGGUACUGGCAGUAUCGAGCAGAGUCUAGUAGUUCAUGAGAAAAACCACAAACCUUUCAUGAGACACCAUACUGGUUUGUCACCUGAAACCUAUUUGGAUGGCAGAGGUAUCUUGCUAGAUGGAGGGGACUUUCAAUCUGGUAUGGUCAGGAGAAAUGGCUUCAGUAAUGCCCAUGUUGCAAGAACUUAUAUUGAUGUGAACACCUUAAAUUCAGGUCAUCAGUUUCGAUCAUCUGGCCUGUCUAUUUCAUCUGAUCCUUUCCAACUCAGUGAGAAGUUGUCAGCCUAUGAUGCAACAACAGAUAAUCUUUCUAACACACAUAAGAAAGAACAUCAUUCAAGCCAUGCCUCAUAUAGUUCACAUAGCUUAACAGGAUUUAGAAAUCCAGGCUAUGCUAUCUCUGAAACUUCCAGACCUGCAUUACUCUCAAGCAGUUCAUAUGAACCUUAUAUGUCAGCUGGACCCCUUUCUCCAAUCAAGGAUGAGGUCUGGGUAACAUCAGUGCCUUUUGUACCGUCUUAUAGUUUUCCUGAUAGUACAACACCCCCAGGGAGUCGGUAUGACCCAUUCGUUGACUGUAUUGAACCUCCUGAAGUUGGAGAUACGGAUAAUCUGAAGUCCUCCAAUCUGUCCUUCAGUACUUCAAGUCAGCAUACAAAUCAGUAUGUAAUUACUGAUGAAUCACUGAACCGCAAUGACAAGCUAACCAGGAAUAUGUCUACCAAAGGAGCAAAUGGACCUGCAUACUUGAUUGCAUCUGAUAGAGGACACAGCUCUAGCCUGGAUGAUAAUAAUAGGUUGAAAGCUCGUGACAAAAAAAUUGGUGCAGCUAGUAAUGAUGAGAAAGCAAGAGAUUUCCGUUUUCAUUUGGCAGAACAUAUAAAGGAGUUGAUCAAACCAAUAUGGAAGGAAGGUAAUCUGAGUAAAGAUGCUCAUAAACUGGUAGUGAAAAAAUCUGUUGAAAAAAUUGUUGAUUCGAUUAGGCCAAAUCAAAUGCCAACUACUGAAGAGUUGAUUGCCAAAUAUAUUACCACCUCUGGAUCAAAGAUAGAAAAACUUGUGAAGGCGUAUGUUGAUAGGCAUCGUACAACGUGAGAUCCAAGCUUCUCAAUGUUGCAGGAUAGCGCUACUGAGAUUGGAGCUUGGACUUUGAUGCUGAUGGGAGCUUGAGCCUUAUGUCCCACCGGUCUGGUUAACCUACAUUUGUAGGUGCAAGAAGUUCUUAUUGGUAUGGUAGUUGUUUCUGUUGCUUGAACCUGGUUAAAAAAGGGCGUACCCAGUGUCGUAGGCUUCCCGCACUGUGCGGGGUCUGGGGAAGGGUUGUUUUUAAGCCCCAAGCCUUACCCACACAAAUGUGCAGAGGCUGGGGCGGCUCGAACCUGGGACCUUCCGGUUACAGACGGUAGGCUCUACCGCUGCACCAGGCCCGCCCUUCUGCUUGAACCUGGUUGGUUUUGUAUAUUUCAGUUUGAAGUCCCUAGUAGUAACUGGACAUGGUAGAUAUCUAGUUUAUGUUUGCAUGUUAACUGAGAUGGCAUCUGAUGCAGCCAGCUAAGGACAACCUUAUUGCAUGUCUGUUUAAUCCAUGGAAUAUGUGUCAUGAAUGGUGCUUACUCUUCUCUCCACUGCGUGGUGUACCAUGUCCAUUAUUUUUGGCAUGAGUGUUCUCGUGCAUUUGGUGUUAAUAGGAUCUGAAGAGAAGGCAUGUUCUCCAAGUACCUUUACAUGAUUUAUUGUUUGCUAGAUUUACUAGACAUCAUAUAGUUUAACUUUGACAUGGAGCACUAGUGCAAAUGAGGAUGUAAAAAUAGGAGGAUGUGACUAUGCAAUAACCAACCUUGUAGAAAGAGUGAGCUUACAUUAUUAAUACAUAUCCAAUGCCAUUGUGGAACCUAACUCAACAUAGGAUUGAGACCUAGUUAGUCAUAAUGAAGUUUUUGUUGCAUAGAUUUUUUAUGUGGCAUCAUAAUUUGGUCUAGUAUAAGAUUUUUUAUGUGGCAUCAUAAUUUGGUCUAGUAUAAGAUGACUAUUGAUCUAUGUCCUUGAACAUGCUAAUGCUCAAGCCAAUUUGAUCGAGCGAUAUCUAUUACUUUUUAGUCUAGUGCUGCAUGACUGGUGGCAAUGACAUGUGCACCACUACUAGGCCUUAGCCCUUGUACUCAAGAUCCCACAUUGCCAUUCUACUAAUUGCAAACGUUAGCUCAACAUAGUCGACGGCGAAAGAAUAGAGAUGAGGAGCAAUGAAGGAGGAAAGAGCAAGAACCUAGGUUGAAGCCAAGGUGGGGAAACACUAGAUGGCGUAUGCUUACCAACCAAAUUUGUGUUUUUUUCUCCAACUGAGUACAAAGGCAACCCUCAGAAACUCCCAAGCAAUAUCGGGUUGGCUACUCGCUCACAUAGUGAUGCUAGCCAUUCGAGCUUUGCUCGAUCCACGAUACAUGUAAAAGUUGAUGAAGUGCCAACGUCUUUUUAGCGAGGAGGAUUAACAUGUGAUUAUUGGUGUACCAUCCGCAUUGGUGAAAGCCUUGAACGGUUCGAGCUUGUAAGUUGCACGGUCGCAUUUCUCUACCCAUUUUUUCUACUUAAUAUGCAUAGAUAUUACAAUAUUCUUGAUACCUCUCCGGGCUACGUAGACCUCGGUCGAGCUUCAAGAACUCUCCGGACUACGUAGACCUCAGUCGAGCUUCAAGAACUCGAUCAAGAGACACGACAUUUGAAGAACUCGACUUCUGGCUCUUGCAUACAAGACUUUGGGGUUCUAAAGAAUCAUAUUCUUGAUCAUGAAGACAUGCUAUUUGAAGGACUUGAUUUCCUAGACUUCAAAGCUCCCAACCUUGGAGGAUCAUGAAGAAACACUAUGAAAGGUCAUGAAGCCACGAUCCUCAAUGGUUCCAAAGGCUUGGUAUUAGCUCUAUGGAAAGGAUGCAUGUUCGUUGUGGUAGGUGGGUCUCAAUCUUGAUCGAGACAUUCGACUGAGUCUGUUUUAAUUACAAAAGGCGUUGCUCUAUAUGCUUUUCAAAAUCUUUAACAUCCUCGGGGAAAGCCUCACGCUACUUGCCAAGCAAGGGUCGCACUCGUUAUCCUGAUUGUUCUGUUGUGGAUCAAUUACAACGAACCUGGCAAAUCGAUGCGAGAAGCUAAUUACUGCGUUGGAUUUGUGGACCGUUUUAUCCUUGUUUAACCUCGAUGACACACAGGGCUAAACCAUUUUUGUACAAGGUCAUAUUGUGCCUCAUGGUCCGAACCAAUAUAAAUCAUACAUCAUAUUUCAGAUGUUGGAGUAGUGCUCAUAAAUCGGCCACACUUUGCUUAUUUGACUCUAUGACGUGCUUCACUCCAAUCCUCCUCGCACGUACCAUUGUUUCCUUGUUACGACAUUCUUAUAUCUCGCACCCAAAACUUUCAGGCAUUUGGUGCGAAAACAAUCAUGUGAAAGGGAUUGUAUAUGUAGUGUAAUCAUUACUCCAGGUGGCACAAAGAAACCCUUUAUUGUCUCUCUAAUAUUACCAUCAUAUGUGGUCCAUGCAAUGAUGUUAAAUGAUCAUCUUGUGAUGUAUCUCGAUAAUCUUAUGCCUUAUUGUACAAUGGGUGGAAGUUGUAAUGAAGGAAUCUCUUUCCAUGGUGAUAGUACAAGCCCACCAACUGCCAUUGUCGAUGGAUGUUGUAAUCAAGGAAUCUCUUUCGAUAGAUGAUGUGUACUAUUUUCAAAUCGCUCAAUGUAUUGAUUUGGUGGGUAGAUGUGAUUAUGUUGUCUAGCUGGCUGAUCAUUCGAUUAGUCAUUGUUUAGUAGUGACUCACAAGGAGUCGAACACAUCAGCUGAACUAUUGGACUUGGUAAUUUGGGGUUUAGCUCAAUCGUAUUCAAGGCCCAACCCAUAAUAGCUUGGUUUAUGUAUACUAACACACAACAUGUCGCUUCAUGGUCCAAACGGUUUAAAUCCACUUAUACAUUGGCUCGAAGACACAAUCGUAUGGUGAACCACACACUCAUACAAUGGGUGGUCCACACAGUCCCACCAAAGCGCUUACACUUUUGUCCUUGCUUCGCUUAAAAUGGGUUAACUUGGGGUUGGUGACGUGUGUACUCACCCUCAACUAUCAAGGUGAGACUAAACCCUCACAACCUCACAUAGACACAAAGUGGGUCAACAUGUCACGUACCACCCCCUCAAAAAGGCCGUACAUUUUCGUUAGCACAACAUGUGCACAACCAAGCAAAUCCCUAGGAAUGUUACCUCUUGGCACACAUUUGUGCAUCCUUGCCGACACAUGUGCAUUGCCAUGCUCCUCCCUAGCCUACACGCGCCAUGCACAACGUGUCCAUGCUAUUGACCCGCACACACCCUUGUAAUCGCGAAGGUGGCUCUGAUACCAUCAUAACACCUCAGAUUAAAAUAUACUCGCAAGCUAGGGGACCACACUCCAACUAACUCUUAUGCUUCCAUCCUUCGCGUAAAAGAGUACCUGAAAUUGGUGACAUGAAUUUUAGAGACCUUAUAUGUGGCCUAACACACUCUCAAUUAGUAUGUAGGACUAAAUCAUCACAACCUCACAUGCGCGAGCGAGCGGUUCGGUAGAUUUGGAUUCCUUUUCUAUAUAGCCCCUCAUGUGGUACCCAACUUGUCCAUGCUAUUGACCCACCCACGCCCUUGUAAUUGCAAAGGUGGCUCUGAUACCAUCAUAACACCUCGAGUCCGGAUUCAAAUCUAAUCACAAACUAGUGGACCGCAAUCCAACUAAUCUCUUAUUAUGCUUCCAUCAUCCCUUCGCGUAAAAGGGUACCUGAAAUUGGUGACAUGAAUUCUAGAGACUUUAUAUGUUGGCAGAGGCGUAGCUCCCCCAUACAGCACGGUGGGGCAGCUGCCCCAGCUACCGUUGGAGCACAACCCCCUCCCCCAUGGUGUUCUAGGUAGCCGGAACUUCAAUUGAAGCUCAAAGCAACGUUCUGGAGGAGGAAGAUGAAUAGCGUUGGGCCAGUGGCUGGGUCCAAAUUGACGGCCCAAUUAGCUUUUGGCCUAGCGCAACAUGCCAGCGAGUGGUUCUAUACUCCACUUUUCUUGUUGUCCAGAUCUACGGUACUUGAUUUGCAGUUGAUGUGGAGUGUUGCUCCAUUUUUAUUGUUCUAAUCUUCGUUAGGCUAGUGCUAGUAGCAGUUUUUUAUUGACUAGUAUCAUGUAGUUACACUGCAAUAUACUAGUAUGCAUUAGAUUAUUGAAUUUAAGGAUUCAGUGCUCUCUGCUUGCUUGUUGACUUACUAGCUUGCUAGCAAAUUUAGCUUGUGCUGCUAGAUGAACUGGUGUUUUCAGUGCCAUUUUUGUUUGUCACGUGUAAAUCUGCCCCACCUAAAAACCUAAGACAACUCCGCCACUGUAUGUUGGUCUAACUUACUCUCAAUUAGUAAGGUAGGACUAAAUCCCCACAACCUUACAUGCGCGAGCGCAUACACAUGGGCCAUCGGAUCCUGAUUCAAAUAGGGCUUGGGUGUCGGAACACCAGCUCGGUUUUUUCAAGCAACCAAACUAACAAAGAACGGUUACAUGUUGGUCCAGAACUAAUAAAGACUUGUGUUCUGCUCUAUCAAGUCUUCAUUGAACGUCAAGGAUAGCCAACCGGACAAGGCAAUAACCUCUAGGCCAACUGGUCUGUACUAAUCGCGACUACUUAGAUAGUCGGUGCCCAAGCGGCUAGACUCAAAUUAAAAUAUCACACAUGUAUAUGCUGAAAUUAGGAUUUAAAGGGCACCAAGAUUGAACAUGUACACAUUAUUCCAAAUUUGCUUGGUGAUAUUGUGCACUAACCUUACCAUUAGACAUCUAUUAAGUUAUCUUGCAACAUAACCAUAUCAUCAUUAAGGAAAAAAAUGCUGCAUAUUAUCGGCAACAUAAAGGGAUUUUGUCUGGUUUUAUUUGGCAUGCAUCCUAUUUGUCAUCAUGUUGGUCAUUUGUUGCUAUCUUAACACGUGCUAUUAUUAUAUGUUUAAUGCUUUUACUUGAAAAGGUUAGUUACAUGAUCUAUCUUCAAUCUAUACGAAUUGAGAAUUAAAUAUAAGAAUAUUUUGUGGGUAAAAUGUCACUUGGUCUUGCGAACAAGCAUCUUGGUGGUGGGACAAUAAAUAGUUACAUACUACCACAUAACAUGUUGCUAAAAGUAUAAGGAUUUAGCAUUCUUCUAUAGCUUCUCACCCUAUCAAGGCGAGUUCCCUGGUCACUAGAGAAGCAUCGUGAUGAAUUGUUUAGGCUAUCGUCUAUUGAAUUUUAAUAGUCAGGUUGAAUGUUGGACUUUCUAAUGGUACUGAAGUGCUGUUUUGGAGCAUAUUGUUGUCUCUUGAUGAUCAUUUAAGUCACGAAUUAUAGCGGAGCAUAUAUGGUCCUCCUGAUUUGUUCUUUCUCAUUGACAGUUUAUCACUGAUGGAGUAAUGUACACAAAUUUAUCUGUCAUGGUGCUCAACUGCUCAUUGAUUUGGAUGGUAUGUACACAAGGCUAGAAGAGGAUAGCUGGCAUCAGCUUGCCAAGGAUUUCAAUGUGACAAUGGAAAGAAACUUCAGAAUCAUGUGGUUCAGAUGGAUAUUGCAUAUAAGGAUGUUAUUUUUGUCAUUGUGAUUGAGCUACACUGAUGAUAGAGGUCCUGACCUCUGGUAAAUGCCCUAGCAGCAUAUGUUGCUCGCCGAAUCUAAAAGGUCGGAAUUCUACUAUUAUUUCAAUCCUUUUUUAGUAAUUUAAUCAGCUUGUGGCCUGGUGGAAAGUCAGGUUUAAUUACUGGCGCUGGUAAUUAGCCAACUGCGGAUUGGUAACAGCAGUAAAGACCUAGGUAGUCUCUGGCAGAUUUAGGGUCAUCCUCUCUUUUGGUCAUUUCCUUUACUUGGCUGUUUUGAGUUUGUCGGAUUUGUUUUGCCUUAGGGAGUUAGGGGGGCCUUCGUGGGUUUGGACUUGGACCCCUUUUUUUUUUUGUCAAUUAUGAAUACAAAGAUGUACAUCUAUCCUGCGUUGUCUGGAAAAGAACUAAAAAGGAGGAAAGGGGAAAAAAAAGUUCUAGUUAAUCACCCAAUGCUUCCCGUGACAGUUAGCUGAUUUGGUAUUCUUUUGACGAGGUUGAGAUUGUCUGCAGUGACAGAAACAAGGGUCUUCUGCUACAGUACAGGUUUUAAGAUGGUACUUGUGGUCCGUCAGAUUUCCGAUGGCACAUCAGAUGGUAUAAUCUAGUGCUGAAAUUAUGUGGCUAGAAAUAGUUGUGAGAUUAAAAUUGACCAAAUUGGCUAUGCAUCCCCUGUGGUCCUUAAAUGUAUACUUUGUUUGUUUGCUUCUGUUAGAAGAUGUUUUUUCCCGCAAAGUUUGUAAUAAUUAUUUUGUUAAUGGUAUGGGAUAUUUCAUUACCACUAUUUGAUUAAACCAAUCAAGUUGGUUUGAAUGAGUAGACUGUAAUACUAUUUGACAGCU